AUGAUGCUCUACCAAAUCCACUCCCAUGCCCAAAUCCAAGACCUGCAGGCCCGCUCCGAUGAGUCCAUGCUUGUGAGACUUGUCUCUCUGGAGUCGGUGCGCAUAGCGUGCGAGUCGUAUGCACUCCUCCGCCCGCUGAUCAUGGAGUCGAUGUUCUGGUCAUGCUCAGGGCUGGAAAUCCUCUCGGAGGUGGCAGGCUUGUCGGUGGAAAUCCAAAAGCUCGAGCAUGGACCCCAGCUCAUGGUUCAGGAGGCCAAGCUGGAAUGGGACGCCCUGGAAGCCUUCCUACUCAUGAAGAACUCAGCUCUUGCGCUCUUACAUAUGAGGAAGAGCUUUAAGGAAGCCUUGGGCGUAUUGCUUCGCGAGGAUUAUCUGGUCACAGCCAAAGUCAAAAAGCUGAGCAAAAUGCUAAAGGAUAUUGCUGUUCAUGUACUCAAAGGUAAAUGCAACAUUGUCUGGCUUCAGGAGCGUGUCCCAUUGCUGGUCCAGCUGGUCACCGAUGUGUUGGAGACCCCGGUUCAUUUCUGUGAUUCUGAUGAGUCUUCUGAUGAGUCUUCUGAUGAGUAUUCUGAUGAGUAG